GGAGGGGGAGGAGGAGGAGGAGGGAGCGCGGGAGCGCGGGCGGGCGGGCGGGAGAGGCCGCCAGGCGGGCGCCGGAGACGGACCCCGGUCGCUGAGGAGAGGCCCGGCCGGGCCUGGCCGGGACAGAGAGCGAGAGCGAGAGCGAGAGAGAGAGCGCGCGCCCCCGAGAGAGAGGCCAGGCCGCGGCGGCGCCCCCCUCCCCCCCUCGCCCGGGGCGGAUGCUUUGUGGCUAGCAGGAGGAGGAGGAGGAGGAGGAGGAGGAGGCAGCGCCAGGAGGAAGGGCGGGCAGGUGGCGGCGGCGAGGCCUGGGCCGGGCGAAGAUGGUGCCGGUGCGGCUGCGGGCGCUGCUGCUGCUGCUGCUGCUGCUGGGCUCCUGGGCGGCCGGCGCCGGAGGUCAGUAUGGAAACCCUUUAAAUAAACACGUAAGACAUUACGAAGGAUUAUCAUAUGAUGCGGAUUCAUUACACCAAAAACACCAGCGUGCCAAAAGAGCAGUUUCUCACGAAGACCAAUUUUUACGCUUAGAUUUUCAUGCUCAUGGAAGACAUUUUAACCUUAGAAUGAAGAGAGAUAUGUCCCUCUUUAGCGAUGACUUCAAACUAGAGAUGUCCAAUAAAGUACUUGAUUACGAUACCUCUCACAUUUACACAGGGCACAUUUAUGGUGAACAGGGGAGUUUUACCCAUGGAUCUGUUAUCGACGGGAGGUUUGAAGGAUUCAUCCGGACUCAAGCCGGCACCUUUUACAUCGAGCCAGCGGAAAGAUAUAUCAAGGACAGAGCCCUGCCUUUUCACUCAGUCAUGUAUCACGAAGACGAUAUCAGAUACCCACAUAAAUAUGGACCUCAAGGUGGCUGCGCGGAUCAUUCUGUGUUCGAAAGAAUGAAGAGGUACCAAAUGACUGGGGUCGAAGAGACUGCAAACCAGAAACCUUCAGAAGAACCUGCCAACCCUCCCCCUGAGCGGCUAAGAAGGAAGCGGGCCACGCAGGCGGAGAGGAACACGUGCCAGCUCUAUAUCCAGACGGACCACUUGUUCUUCAGAUAUUACGGCACGAGGGAGGCCGUGAUCGCACAGAUAUCGAGCCACGUUAAAGCAAUUGACACCAUUUACCAGUCGACAGAUUUUUCAGGGAUCCGGAACAUCAGUUUUAUGGUGAAACGAAUACGGAUCAACACGACGCAAGACGAGAAAGACCCUUCCAACCCCUUCCGGUUCCCUAACAUCGGUGUGGAAAAGUUCCUGGAGCUGAAUUCGGAGCAGAACCACGACGACUACUGCUUGGCCUACGUGUUCACAGACCGGGACUUUGACGACGGGGUGCUUGGCUUGGCCUGGGUCGGAGCGCCGUCGGGGAGUUCAGGUGGAAUCUGUGAGAAGAGCAAACUUUACUCCGACGGCAAGAAGAAAUCUUUGAACACCGGCAUCAUCACGGUUCAGAAUUAUGGUUCUCAUGUCCCUCCCAAGGUUUCUCACAUCACCUUUGCUCACGAGGUUGGGCAUAACUUUGGCUCUCCGCACGACUCUGGGACGGAAUGCACUCCGGGGGAAUCUAAGAACCUGGGGCAGAAAGAGAACGGCAACUACAUCAUGUACGCAAGAGCCACGUCUGGAGACAAGUUGAACAACAACAAAUUCUCUCUGUGCAGCGUUCGGAACAUCAGUCAAGUUCUGGACAAGAAGCGGAACAAUUGCUUUGUCGAGUCCGGCCAGCCCAUCUGCGGGAACGGCUUGGUGGAGCAAGGAGAGCAGUGCGACUGCGGCUACAGCGACCAGUGCAAAGACGAGUGUUGCUUCGACGCGAACCAGCCGGAAGACAGGAAAUGCAAGCUCAGGCCCGGCAAGCAGUGCAGCCCCAGCCAAGGCCCCUGCUGCACAGCCCAGUGUGACUUCCGGGGGCUAGGGGCCAAAUGCCGCAACGAGUCGGAGUGCGCAGAGGAGGGCAAGUGCAACGGCAGCACGUCUUUCUGCCCGUCGUCCAAGGCGAAGCAGGACUUGAGCGACUGCAACCGCAACACGCAAGUCUGCAUCAAGGGCCAAUGUGCCGGCUCUAUCUGCGAGAAGUUCAAGCUGGAGGAAUGCACGUGCGCCAGCACCGAUGCCAAGGACGACAAGGAGCUGUGCCACGUCUGUUGCAUGGAGAAAAUGCGUCCGGACACGUGUGCCAGCACGGGGUCUCUCAAGUGGAAGGAGUUCUUCAACAGCAAAACCAUCACCCUGCAGCCCGGCUCUCCCUGCAACGAUUUCAAGGGUUACUAAGCUUUGAGCGUCUUCAUGAGGUGUCAAGCUGGUGGGAUCUCGACGGCCCUUUGGCCAGGUUGGAAAAGCUUACAUUUUAACCCCGAAGCCUCUCACCUUCAAAAAACGAUACCUUGUGCAGAGUGGAUUGUGGCACACUGGUGGGCAGUCCUGCUGAUGGGCAUCGCGCUGAUCAUGCUGAUGGCCGGCUUCAUUAAGAUCUGCAGCGUCCACACACCGAGCAGCAACCCCAAGUUGCCCCCUCCAAAGCCUCUUCCAGGCACUUUGAAGCGCCGGAGACCACCCCCGACGGCUCAGCCUCCUCCUCGCCAGAGGCCCCGCGAAAGCUACCAGAUGGGCCACAUGAGACGCUGAGCGCUGCAGCCCGUUGCCUUGGUUCUUCCUAGUGCCUACAGUGGGAAAAAAAUUUCACUCCAAAGAAAACCUGCGUUAAGUCACUGUCCCCGGUCUAACUUUCAACUCACAACGUGGCGGAAGCAAAGGGCAGGGAGUACACGGGGGGGCUACUUGGAACCCGUUCGGCACCCGCAUUUCCCGGCUUUGAAAGAGCAGCCGCUGCCUGAAUCUCCGUGGCGUUUCUCUCUCCUCGGCUCUUCGUGGUUGCCUUUUCUUCACUUGCGGGCAAACGUGGCUCUCGUGGAACCUCCACUCGCACCCAAAUUAAAAGCAUCUAUUUUUCAACUGUCCAGGCUAGGAAGCUAGACCGCCCUCAACAUUGGAGACGUAACUUUGCCAGUGUACAUAAAUUGUUAUAUGCAGACAUUGUAUUUCUAAUGUACACCCGUACUUCUGUGUGCAAUUGUAAAACAAGAGAAAUUGCAAUAUGGAUGUCUUCUUUGUAUUAUAAACCUUUUACGCUCUUAAUGAAGAAAUUAUUGUUUAAUUGACAUACUCAGGAUAACAGAGGUGGGUGGUGUAUAAAAGUCCAGGAUUCUGUAUUGCUUUAGGGGCGAAAGGAUUGUGAAUCAAAUGCAGUUCUUUUUUUUUAAUGUAUCUAUAAUAAUACAGUCAAAAUUACUGCAAAUGUUUGUUCUGGCUGGUUGCUGCCCCUGAGAUAUCCCACUUAGGUAUCGGGGGCAGCGGCACAUGGGUAAGUUGUGCGGGAAACGGGACCUCUGGGUGGGGACCUAUCCUGCUUCUGUCCUGGGGACAGCCCGAGCCGGAUGGGGCCCGCCGUGGAUUUUUAUGAAAACUGUCUGGCUUCUGAGAGCUCUCUGCAUAUAAACAUUUUCCGAAAGAAAAAUCUCUGCCCAUUGUUCUGUUAAACGAUCAGGGGUCCCCCCCCACCCCACCCCCCCGGCAGGCUUCAGUAAGAAAGAUAACUUCUGUUAUAUUUUUCUCAUACAGUGGUAGCUGGUUUUCUUUCAUAUGCUCUGAUAGUCUUCAUAUGUGGUAAUUAGGUUUCCGGUUCUGACAGGCUUGGAAGAGAUGAAAAGUUGCGUGGGGUUUCUUGUUUUUUUUUUAAAUUUUAACCAGUAUUUUGAUAACCUCUCAGCAUGAUACUGUGGUUUUUUUUUUUAAAAAAGGUAACCACUAAAACUAAUGCAGCUGCUUCUGGGUAAUGCCAGGUUGGCAUGACGUUAGGCUGGGGAAGGGGCUAUAAAGGCCCCGAACGGCACGCCAGCCCCUGACCUCCUUCUAGGACCGGUGUAAAUAAUUGGCAUUUUACAAGAGAGAGAAAAAAAAAAUCGAAGGCGGCGUUGUGAUAGGCUUACUGCUAUGCAGGAAAUGGAAGAGGGCAUUAUUCAAGCUUGUGAUCCACUGCUUCUGUUUUUUCCAAAAGCACCAAGCUAAUUAGGGGGGGGGGGGGGCAAUGGCUAUAAUAUUUCUGGCUUUGCUUAGGAAUCAGAUUUGAUGAAGGGUUCGGGGAGGUUUGUUUGUGUGGGGUUGUUUUUUUUUCUCUCUUUGUCCUUUUGAUUUUGUUUUCCAAGAGUAUAAGGUUUACACACGCAUUCUCAUAAUGUGACGCCAGCCAGCCAGCAAGGCCAAAAAUAUUAGAGAACACAAUAUGGGAUCUCUUCCUUGUAAAACUUGUACAGUAUGUGGUGACUUUUUUCAAAAACGGCUUUUUUGUACAUGGUUUGGAGGCAAAUUUUGUACAUGAGAACCCACCCACCCCACCCCCCAGACGAAUAGACUCUAAAUAACCCUAAAAGAUCUUAACAAGUUAGCAAUCUCUGUGGUUGCUUUCAGACACGUUUUAAAACGCAUUCGGGUUUGAUUUUGUUUUCCAGACUGUGCAAAGACCGAAAGCGAGGUUUGCAUUGCUAAGACCAUGUGUUUUAUUCUGCAGGAGUUCUUAGUAACUUCUCGAGUGUGGUAGAACUUGGAACAUGUAAAUUCUUUGCUUGUCAUGUAAUCCUGUGGCUCGGGCGAUUGGCAGAGAGUUGGCUGCCCUGAUUGAUUUUGGGUCCUAGCUGAAAUGUUUUUGUUUUUUUCUGCGAAAGACAAAAGUGCACUGAACUCUCCACUCUUAAAGUCGAAAUGUGGUAAAUUGAAAACAAAACAUCUGGACAAAAUGGUGAUCUACUACUGCUGUCAGUUUAAUGUCCACUGUGUUUUAUACAGUAUCUUUUUUUUUUCUGUUCACUUUGGAAAUUUUUACUAAAAAGUUGCAAAAAAAAUAAAUAAAGUAUUGUGCAAAGAAAUGUAAGGUUUUUUUUGAAACUUGAAAUGCAUUAAUAAAUAGACUUGAUGAAAUCA